GGUGGUGUGAUUGCUGGACAGCUGACAACAGUGGGGAUGCAGCAGAUGUUUGCCCUGGGGGAAAGGUUGAGGAGAAGCUAUGUGGAAGAAGCCAACUUUCUCUCACCAACAUUUAAGCCUGCUGAGACCUUGAUCUGUUGUCAUUGUCACUGAUGAAGCAAGCUCUGAAAUACUCUACCCCAAUCACUGCAACUGCCAGCGCCUGAAAUGCUUGACCAGGCAUAAGGUAAAGAAUGCUCUGCAACAGCCAGGUAUCUCUGAUGACUUGAAAACAAUUAAGAAGAAGAUGGGUAUUGAUGGUGAAAACUCUGUGGAUUUUUUUCUCCUCCAUGAUAACAUCCGUGCCGAGCAGGUGCACAAUUUGCCAAGCUGCCCUGUGCUGAAAAACUUUCAGCAGACAGUUGAGCGUCGAUCUGUUGACUUGGUGCUUUUCGUUCUGGAAGACAGUACAAGAAAAGUUCUUCAGAUGAGUGUUGGUCUCCUUUUCCAUACCUUACAGAAGAACAUUACAGAAGCAAUAGAUCCCUCAUCUCCAGCUGAAAAGGCCAGAAAGCUCAUUCUCUAUGCUUGUCAUGACACCACCCUCAUUCCUCUCCUGGUGGCACUGGGCACCUUUGAUGGCAAGUGGCCACCUUAUGCUGCAGAUGUGACCCUAGAACUGUAUCAGCACCGGCAGUCCAAAGAGUGGUUUGUUCGCGUAUCUUACCGUGGGGAGGAGCAAGUGGUAAAAGGAUGUAAAGCAGGCUUCUGCCCACUCGAGGAAUUCCUAGAAGUUCUUUCACAGUACUCUGUCAGUCCAGAAGAGUACAAUAACCUGUGCUCCCAAAUGGAGGAGGACUGGCAAACUGACUCAUGAUUAAGUUGUCUUAAAUUAAAAUUAAGUUUAUUGUCA